AUGUCUGAAGCAGGACCUCCUAUCAUUCCUCUCCAAGGCGUAAUCGGGCGGAUAGCAUCACCGCCUCGGAAGAAUGUUGCCAGCAAUGUCGCAUCACCAGCAGCAGGAAAGAGGCCUGCGAGUGAUGGCAAUCCUGCCUUCCGAGCCAUGGGCCUCCCUCGCCUCCGCCUCCCCUCCCGCAACUGGUUAAUCUUCCUCUCCAUCACCGCCUCCUUUGCCUCCGCCGUGCUCUACGACAAAUACCAGACCCGGCGAAUAAAACAAAAAUGGUGCGACACAGUCUCACACCUCACCCUCGAACCUCUCGAUACCAAGACCAUGCCGCGUAAACUCACCAUCUACCUCGCCGCCCCUCCAGGCGAUGGGCUGAGGUCUGCGAGAGAACACUUCCACGAGUAUGUCAAGCCAGUUCUCGUGGCAGGAGCGAUGGACUGGGAUGUGAUCGAGGGAAGGAAGGAGGGAGAUGUGCGUUUCAAGACGGCGGAGAAGGUGCGACGGAAGAGGAAGAGGGGUGGCGAGGGCGACGCUCUGCCGGAAGAGGAAAUGGCUAAGGAGUAUGGGGUGGAGUUGAUUAGGGAGAGGAAUGGGACGGUGGAAGGUGGGGAUGUAAGUGGAGAUGUAAUCAUUGGACGGCAUGCUUGGAAGGAAUAUGUGAGGGGUUUGCAUGAGGGGUGGUUGGGGCCGGUAGACGCGCCGAAGGUUGAGGACGUGGUGGUGGUGGAUGGGAGUGAGGGAGUGGUUGGUGGAGGACACGACACCGGCCAUUCAUCUGUGGGCGAUACGGCGGUAAAGAAGGCUGGGGAUGUUGCCGCAGCUGCCCGAUCCUCUCCCACUCCUUUUUCACCCUUGGAAGCACGUUCAUCAGGACGAGAAGAGGAAUCCCCUUUUCUCAAAGAAGAAGGAGCGCCAAUAGAAUCAGAAAUGAAGACCGAAGAAGCAAAAAAGGAAGGAACGGAAGAGGAAGAAAAACCCAAACGACGACACCCACCCCCUUAUAUCAACCCUUCGGACUACCCAACCGCCCAGAUAGCCGCCUCAACCCCCGAAAUUCUAGAUCCAGCAACAGCAAUACCAUUCCCCCACCUCCUAGGAAUCAGAAACACCCCUAUCCGCAUCUACCGCUUCCUCAACCGCCGCCACCUCGCCGACCGGGUAGGCCGUGAUGUAGCUGCCGCCGUGCUAGGAUCUUCUUACCGAUCCUACGGAACCGCGACCCCCACAUCCAUAGACGAAGCCAGUGCGAGCGCGACAGGAGGCGAGAAGACUGUCCCCGAGCAGAGUCAGGUCUUGGCGUAUGAGGAAAGGGAAUGGUGGAAGACGGUCCGUCGACCGAGGGAGGAGCAUGAGGAGAGUGUGUGGAUUGAGGAUGUUGUUGUUGAUGAAAGGAUAGGGAGUAGGAUGAGGGGGUUUGAACUAGGGGCUGAGGAUGAGGAGAGGAGUCGGGGUUUUGCGGAGGGGAGGCUGAAGACGGUUGCGGAGCAGAGGGGAGAAGAGGAGGGAUGA